AUGCUUCUGCAAAACUUCCCUUUGUUUCCUGAGACGCACAGGGAUAUUGCUGUGAUCAUGGAAAUCAAAGGGAUGUUAGAGUGGGAUUGGUCAGUGGAUAUGCAGGUCUUUCACAGAGACGGCAAUGGCAUUGCUGAUUUACUAGCUAAAAGAGCACUUAAUGGAGCAAUGGGUCUGGAAAUACUGGGCCCUGAGACAAUGAUGGAAAUAUUGCAGGCCACUGAUGUUACACUCACUGAAGACGGGAAAGAUGGAGGUUAUAUUCAAUGCUCGAGAUCUCAUGACCAGUUCGUUGCUGAAGAAGAUGAGUCUAUACUUCCAAGAUUCCAAAUCCUUGUGAUGGCGCCUGAUGCUGAUGGAGUUGGCUGUUCUUCAAGAUCUUCUGGUUCAACUAAGAGAUGGAAGUAUGAUGUGUUUUUGAGCUUUCGAGGGGAAGAUACCCGGAAAAAUUUUACUGAUCAUUUGUAUGCUGCUUUAAAAAACGAAGGAUUAAGAACUUUUCGAGAUGAGGAAGGACUUGAAAGGGGAGAAUCUAUUAAUCCAAGUUUAGUAGAAGCAAUUGAAGAAUCUCGUUCUGCAAUUAUUGUGCUCUCUCCAAAUUAUGCUUCUUCAACUUGGUGUUUGGAUGAGCUUCAAAAGAUCCUACAGUUAAAGGAAGAGACAAGUCUUCAAGUAUUUCCGAUAUUUUACGGUGUAGAUCCUUCUGAUGUUAGGAAACAAAACGGAAGUUUUGCAGAAGCCUUCAUAAGGCAUGAAGAAAGAUUUGUCAAAGACAAAACGCAGGAAUGGAGGGAUGCUUUACAAGAAGUUGCUACUUUAUCUGGUUGGGACUCAAAAAACCGGUAUGAAACAGAAUUCAUUGAAAGCAUUGCUGAUGAAAUCGGGUCAAAGUUACUUGAUAAAUCAGCAUCUGAUCUUGGCAAGUUAAUUGGAAUUGAACCAAAAUUAGAUGAACUGAAUUCAAUCAUAGCAAGGGAAUCAGAAGAAGUUGGAUUUAUAGGAAUAUGGGGUGCAGGAGGCGUAGGCAAAACAACUCUUGCUAGAGCCUUUUAUGAGCGAGAGCGAAAGCGAAAGAGCAAAAACUUUCACUGCUUCCUUGAUAAUAUUAGAGAGGCAUGUGAAAAAGAUGGUUUGAUUUCGUUGCAAAGAAAACUUCUUUUAUCUUUGUACAAAAGGAGUAUAGAAGUGGCUGAUUUUUAUGAAGCAAUGGAGUUAAUAAAAAGGAAGUUAACCGACAGAGAAAUUCUACUUGUCCUUGAUGAUGUGAGUCAUGUUAGCCAACUUGAGAAGUUGGCUCCAAGGCAAGGAUGGUUCAGCAAAGGGAGCAUAAUAGUGAUAACAACAAGGGAUAAGCAUUUGCUAUCAUCAUAUGGUGUAUCUGAUAGUGCCAUAUAUCACAUUGAAUUCUUGAGUGAUAGCAAGUCCCUUAAACUUUUCAUUCAAAAUGCUUUUAAAGAAGGGCAACCUAAUGAAGAUUAUUUGAACCUUGCUAGAACCGUCAUUGAAUAUACUGGAGGCCUUCCUUUAGCACUCGAAGUGUUAGGUUCAUUUCUUUGCAAAAGAACGAUAGAGGAAUGGGAAGAUGCACUAGCUAAGUUCGAGAAAUGUCUUCCAGAGGACAUUUGCAAGAUACUUGAAGUGAGUCUUCACGGAUUAGAGCUUAAUGAGAAGACUAUAUUCUUAGAUAUUGCUUGUUUUUUCAAUGGGAUGGACGAAGAUCAUAUCAUACAAAUUUUAGAAACAUUGGAUAAGGAUCUUCACCCAAAAAUUGGAAUAAGGGUUCUUAUUGACAAAUCACUAGUAAUUAAUUAUGAAGGGCAUUUGCAGGUGCAUGAAAUUCUGCAAAAUAUGGCUAAACAUGUUGUCUAUCAAGAAUCAUUUGGUGAUGCCUGCAAGCUUUCUAGGAUAUUGUCCUUGGAUGAUGCCAAUCAUGUAUUAGGAGGAACUAAGGUGACGUUCCAAAGUUCUUGUGUUUGUGCACUCUUAUAA